CAUUCACGCCAACUGCACACAGCUUUGUGAUAAACCAACAGCUCUCGUUGAUAAAGGCCAGAAAUGCAAGGGGCUCUUUACACAGGACGCUUUCAGACCCCCAUCACCACACACACACACACACACACACACACACACACACAAACACAUACACAUACAUACACGUGCAUGUGCAACCCAGUGGUGGCACUGAGCUGAAACAAUAUGAUGCAAUAUACACCUCAAGUGCAACUUUAACCUUUGUUUACAUUUAUUUAUUUAUUCAUCUACCCUACCUAUUUUACAAGUGCAAUAACCUCUGUUUUACAUUACAUCUGUUUUAUAUUUUAUAAUUCUAGUGUAACACUUCUGUUUAUAUUUAUUUAUUUAUUACAUUUACUUUACCUGUUUUAUUUGCUGUACAACUGUGUGUGUGUUUUUACCUGUUAUAUGUUUUAUCUGCCUCGUUUACUCUUUGUCAAGUUUUUGUUGUAAAGCACUGACACCAGAAGUGGCAACUGUGAAUCUCGUUGUAUUUAAUACAAUGACAAUAAAGCUUUCCAUUUUAUUCUAUUCUAUUCUAAACACGCCCCCCUGUGGCCGCGUUGGGAAGUAAAAAAAAAAACCCACCGGUACAAUGAGGUGGAGAAACAGAGACAGAGGAGAGGGAGGGCAGUCGAUGAAAGUGUGUGUGUGAUAGAGAGAAUGUGUAUAUGGGGGGGUUCAGUCUAUUUUGACUGUCAUAAAUAAUUGGUCCACGGGGAGGGGUGAUGGUGAUGGUGAUGGUGUUAAGGGCUCCUCCAUUAGGCACAAAAACUUUCGGAGCGCCUUUCACUCCUAAUUGGCACCGACGAUUGGUGGUGGCACCGCAGCUGGCUGAACUCCGCCAAAAAAGAGUCGACAACAGAGAAAAAACACGAAAACCACCGCUGACUCUUAAACACGUCCUGUGGUACCCCCAAAAGGGUUGGGGAGAAAAUAAGAGAGAGAGAGAGAGAGAGAUGAUGUUGUUCUUCUGACAACCUGUUCCAGUGUGGAGCUGCUGUGAGGUUUGAGCGCAUCUAUGUGGAAGGAAGCCUAUAUCCUCUCUCUCUCUCUCUCUCUCCUCUCUCCUCUCUCCAUCCCUCUCUCUCUCUCUCCCUUCACAGACAGGGGCGGUCGUUCUCAGUCUGCGCACAUAUUCCACUUGGCCAGCAUCACUUGGAGUCCACAGAUAGACACAGCGCUGAUUGAACGGUGGAGCGGAGAGGAGCUCAUUCUCAGAGCGCAUCAUGACUGUGUUCUAGAAGAGAAUCACUGUGUUCUAGAAGAGACUCAUUGUGUUCUAGAAUAGACUGUCACCGGUCAGAGGCGCACAGUAUAUCCAUUUAAAACCACGCCUUUAAAAGUCCACAAAAGAGGAGAUAGGAUUUUUUUUUUUUUUUUUUUUACCAAACUAGCCUUUGCUUGAGAGUUUUUCCAAAGUGGUUUUAUUUUUCUCUUUUGGAAGAGGUGGAGUCUCUUUGUGGAGCCGAGCAGCGGUAAGACUCCGCGCUUCUUCUCCGUGCGUAAAAUAAAAAGUUUAACACACCAAGGAGAUCAUCUGAGAGGAAAACUCUCCUGUUAUACUUCCCAGGGAAUUGUAAAAGCUCACACCACCGGACGCCCACACUGGAGGAGGAUAUAUAACUUUUUUUUCCCCCCACCAACACAUUUUUUUUGUGUGUGGAGAGACCCAGAAGAGGAGGCUGGGUUGGGUCUCCGAGAGAGCGGAGGAAUCCUCUUCCCUGAGCCGGGAGGAGAGCGCUCAGCGCCGGGUAGCAGACUGACCCACAGCACGGCACCUCGGAGACAAGGUUAUGACAGAACUGAGCUGAACAUGGAGCUUUUCUGGAUUUUGUUAUUUUCUAGUGUCUAUCCUCUUGCCCGGGGCCAAGGAGUUUACGCUCCAGCCAACGCCCAGAUCGUGCACUCAGGCGCAGCGUGUAACGUCAAGGAUGAUAACAUCAGCGAGAGAAUCUACACCAUCAAGGAAGGAGACACACUAGUGCUUCAGUGUAUUGUUAAAGGACACCCGCGGCCACAGGUACGGUGGACGAAGACGGCAGGCAGUGCAUCAGACAAGUUCCAGGAAACAUCCAUCUACAACGAGACGCUGCGCAUCGAGGGCAUCCAGAGGGUGCAGGGGGGUCGCUACUACUGCAAGGCUGACAACGGGGUGGGGGUGGCUGCCAUCAAGUCCAUCCGCGUAGAUGUGCAGUACCUUGACACACCUGUUCUGACGGUGCACCAGACCAUCAGCGAUGUGCGUGGCAGUUACUACCAGGAGAAGACGGUGUUCCUGCGCUGCACCGUCAACUCCAACCCUCCCGCACGAUUCAUCUGGAAACGUGGGAGCAUGCUCAUCGAACAGAGCAAGGACAACGGAGUGGACAUCUACGAACCGCUUUACACUCAGGGUGAGACCAAGGUGCUGAAGCUGAAAAACCUCAGACCUAAGGACUUUGCCGAUUAUACGUGCCAGGUGUCCGUCCGCAAUGUGUGUAACAUCGAAGACAAGGCGGUCACCUUCAGGCUCACGAAUGCCACAUCUCCCCCAAUGAUCCGGCUGUCAGUGAACGACACGGUGGUGGUGGAUCCCGGGCAGGAUGUGCUCUUAACCUGCGAGGUGAUGACAGGUUUCCCGCCCCCCACUGUGAUUUGGUCGCGUUACCCCAGCCCCCUUCCUCUCAGUGCCCAGGUUCGAGGCCCAACGCUGAUCUUGCGAGCCGUUACGCCGGCUGACGCUGGUUUCUACAACUGCACGGCUGUCAACAAUGUGGGCAACCCCGCUCGCAAGAACGUCAAUAUCGUUGUCAGGACGAUGAGCAACCUGACCUUCCAGAUUACGCCAGACUCCAACAAGGACAGCGAGACCAUCCAGAUGGGUCGGGACCUCAAGCUGUCGUGCCACGUCGAUGCCACCCCACAGGACAAGGUCAACUACACCUGGUACAAGAACGGCGCACCUGUCUUCAACUCGGAUAGCCUGAUCUUGCUGCGCAGUGACCCGGACAUGGCACCCGGCACCAGCAGCUUGGAGAUUGUGGACAUGAAGUUCAGAGACUUGGCUACCUACAGCUGCGUGGCAAACUUCCCAGGCGGCAGAGUGCAAGAGCUCCGUGUGGAUGUCAACAUCUCUCAGAACAGUGUCUCUCCUCCAGUGCUGUCGGUUCCGCCAGGAGGUCAGGUGGUCAGUGUGCGAGAGGGAGGUAACGUUGACCUGGUGUGCCUGGUGGUAGACGGCAAACCACGUCCGCCCAUACUCUGGUCACGGAUAGAAAAGGACCUGCUGAUGCCGUCAGGGAGGACCAUGAUGGAGACGCCCGACGGCCGCUUGAGACUAAAGAACGUCAGCCGGGACAUGAUGGGGGCGUACAGGUGCCAGACUGCUCCAUAUAACGGGCUCAACAUCAAACGCAGGGAGGCACAGGUCCAACUCAAUGUACAGUAUCCUCCCAUACUGGACCCAGUCUUCCAGGAUGCGCGUUCUAGGAACUAUCAGAUGAUGACCCUGAGGUGUACGAUCAUGCGGUCAAACCCGCCGCGCCUAACAGACAUCCGCUGGUUCCGUAACGGCGACAUCAUCCGCAUGCCCAUGCCAGACCUGAAGGAGACGCCGGAGCUGAAGUUUAAACUGGAACCCACCAACAACGGCUCGUAUGAGUGCCGAGUCAGCAAUAGUGCAGGGACAUCAACAUGCACAUUUAAUGUCUCUGCACAACCCUACAAUGCCGAGUUCUACUUCGACACACCAAAUCCAGUGCGAAUUCUAAAAGGAAACAACUAUUCCUACAACCUGCAGUGGACACAGAGAGAUCCCGAGGCCACGGCUCGUAUCAUAGGCUACUGGGUUAAUGUGCGAAAGAACAAGCAGAACAUACUGUCGAAGCAGAUUGACCUCAAGGGCAAGGAGCCAGAGAAGGGGGUGCUGUUGUCCCACACCAUAACAGACCUGAGGAUCCCUCUGUCCUACGAGGUCCGACUGGCCCCCAUCACCACCUACAGCGCCGGGGACUACGUCAGUCGCAUCAUACAGUACUCAGAACCCUACACCUAUCCAAGGCCUUCAGACCAUGUGUGUGGUUUUGAGGAUGACAGGAUCUGUGGUUUCUCUCAAGACCGGAGUGAUGUCUUUGACUGGACGAGACAGAAUCACCUGACGCAGAAUCCCAAGCGAUCUGCCAAUACCGGCCCCGAGACCGACCGCAGUGGAACCAAGGAAGGAUACUACAUGUACAUUGAAGCAUCACGGCCGCGUGUUCAGGGGGACAAGGCUCGUCUGCUUUCUCCGCUCUUUAACGUGACCUCGGUCAGGGGCCCCAAGGGCUCCGGCAGAGUCCCAUACUGCGUCUCUUUCUACUACCACAUGAAGGGCAAACAUAUUGGCACUCUAAAUGUGCUUCUGAGAGUGAGAAGCAUCGCCUCUGUGGACUCGGUGGUGUGGUCGAAGUCUGGUCAUCAGGGCCCCGACUGGAGGAAAGCAUUCUUCGACAUCAGCCCCAGCGGACCCUUCCAGAUUGUGUUUGAAGGAAUACGAGGCCUGAGUUUCGAAGGGGAUAUCGCCAUUGACGACGUGUCCAUCACCGUAGGAAAGUGCAAGCAGGAGAACACUGUAGCCAGCGCAGGUAAGACAGUUCUGAUCGGUGGAUCACACUCGCUCCCAUUGGCCAGCUGGCUGACCUUUGGCUUCUCCUGCUUCCUGUCGCUACUCUACAGAUGAUGAGCACUUCCUGUUACACCACCUGUCUGUAGUGACAGACACUGCCCUGACUCGCGCUCUUAUACUUCUCUCUCUACCCUGCCUGUCCUUUCCUCUUCUUACCUGUCAUCCUAACUGUCUCCACUCCACGUCUUUCUAUCCUUCAUGCAUCCAUUUCAUCCUUCUUGCUUAGAUAAAUGGAAACACGGAGUCUUUGUCUAGUUUCUCCUCCUCUGCUUUCUUUGAACAUUUCCUCUCAGACACUCAGUAUAACCAACUGAUGCGCAUAUUGUAUUUAAGGUGAACAUACUUAGUGAUCUUUGACAUUCUCUCCUCUAUUAAUCUGAUUAGAUUCACUUUAUCCAUGUCAGCGUGUCACUUUGUCGCCUUUUCCUCUCCGUCAUCAACCUUCUUCAUCCGUACACGCACCCUCUCAUGUAUCUCCACUCCCCUGAACCGCAAUCCCCAACGGCCCCUCCACCCUAUUCCCCAGACACACCAAAGUGUCGGACACUCUACCAAAGAUGACAAAGGACCUGAGGGAAUAAAACGAGGGAACAGAGAUUCCAGGAGGAAAGUGAAAGAGAGAGAGAGAGAGAGAGAAAGUGGGUAAAAUCCUUCUUUUUCACACAGACAGUCUCCCUUCCGUCCCAACCUUUGAGACAAACGGGAGCUACUGAAAGACAGAGAGGCAAAGAAAAAAAACUGAUGAAUGAAUAAACAAAUGAAUGCUGAGGAAAGGACGUACCAGAACCAGAGGAUAAAAGAAGUGUGCUCCUGGUAGCCUCUCUGCUUGCCCUCUGCUUGCCACAAGAGACGAACCUCAGUGCGGAUUAUACGUGUACAUUUAUCUCUAUAUAUAUUAAAUAUAACAAAGUUUAAACUAAAACACAACUAGGACAGUGGAGGACUUUACAAAGUGAAAUUAAAGAAGCACAACGUUUAUACAACCUCUGCUGUUCCUUUGGGUUUUAUUCUACUUAUUAUGUGAUGUUGCAAAUUUGUCAGACCUAUUCAAUGUUUUUGAUAUUUUGCUUUUUUGUUUUGUUUAUGGCGUUACAAGGGUCAAGGGCAAUGGGUAAUAAAGUAUUAUAUUAAUA